GCGAGUCAGCUGAUGCGGGAGGGUUUGAAGCGGCGCCGCCAGGGAGCGAGGCCGCGGUGACAGCGGCUGGACCGAGGCUGCCCCGCCGCGCCCGCCGGGGUCCGGCGCUCCGGCCCGGGCAUGGCAGCCUCCGCGGGGCGGCGCGGCUCAGAGACCGAGCGUCUCCUGACCCCCAGCCCCGGGUAUGGGACCCAGGCGGGGGCCUCGCCGCCGGCUCCGCCCGGCGCACCGGAAGAGGAAGACCUUCGUCGCCGUCUCAAGUACUUCUUCAUGAGCCCCUGUGACAAGUUUCGCGCCAAAGGCCGGAAGCCCUUCAAGCUGAUGCUGCAGGUGGUGAAGAUCUUGGUGGUGACCGUGCAGCUCAUCCUGUUCGGACUGAGCAACCAACUGGCCGUGACCUUCCGGGAGGAGAACACCGUGGCCUUCCACCAUCUCUUCCUGCUGGGCUACUCCGACGGGGCGGACGAGACGCUGGCCGUGUACACGCGGGAGCAGCUCUACCAGGCCAUCUUCCACGCCGUGGACCAGUACCUGCUGCUCCCAGAAGUGUCCCUGGGCCGCUACGCCUAUGUGCGCGGCGGGGGCGGGCCGGGGGCCAAUGGCUCGGCCCUGGCCCUCUGCCAGCACUACUACCGACACGGCCACGUGGACCCGGCCAACGACACCUUUGACAUCGACCCCCUGGUGGUCGCGGACUGCAUCCUGGUGGACCCCCCCGAGCGGCCCCCGGUGCCCCCCGAGGACGAUUUCUCCUUCGUGGACAACAGCGCCAGUUACAAGAACCUCACGCUCAAAUUCCACAAGCUGAUCAACGUCACCAUCCACUUCCAGCUGAAAACCAUCAACCUGCAGAGUCUCAUCAACAACGAGAUUCCCGACUGCUACACCUUCAGCGUCUUGAUCACAUUCGACAAUAAAGCACACAGCGGGCGUGUCCCCAUCCGCCUCGAGACCCAGGCCCACAUCCAGGAGUGUAAGCACCCCAGCGUCUUCCGGCACGGUGACAACAGCUUCCGACUCCUGUUCGAUAUGCUUGUCAUCCUCACCUGCUCCUUCUCCUUCCUGCUCUGCGCCCGCUCACUGCUCCGUGGCUUCCUGCUGCAGACCGAGUUUGUCAGUUUCAUGUGGCGGCAGCGAGGCCGGGUCAUCAGCCUGUGGGAGCGGCUGGAGUUUGUCAACGGCUGGUACAUUCUGCUGGUCACCAGCGACGUGCUGACCAUCACGGGCACCAUCAUGAAGAUUGGCAUCGAGGCCAAGAACCUGGCGAGCUAUGACGUCUGCAGCAUCCUCCUGGGCACGUCCACGCUGCUCGUCUGGGUGGGCGUCAUCCGGUACCUGACCUUCUUCCACAAGUACAAUAUCCUCAUCGCCACGCUGCGGGUGGCCCUGCCCAGCGUCAUGCGCUUCUGCUGCUGCGUGGCCGUCAUCUAUCUGGGCUACUGCUUCUGCGGCUGGAUCGUUCUGGGGCCCUACCACGUGAAGUUCCGCUCCCUGUCCAUGGUGUCCGAGUGCCUCUUCUCGCUCAUCAACGGGGACGACAUGUUCGUGACGUUCGCAGCCAUGCAGGCGCAGCAGGGCCGCAGCGGCCUGGUGUGGCUCUUCUCCCAGCUCUACCUCUACUCCUUCAUCAGCCUCUUCAUCUACAUGGUGCUCAGCCUGUUCAUUGCGCUCAUCACGGGCGCCUAUGACACCAUCAAGCACCCCGGAGGUGGCGGUGCCGAGCAGAGCGAGCUGCAGGCCUACAUUGCACAGUGCCAGGACAGCCCCACUUCUGGCAAAUUCCGGCGCGGGAGCGGCUCCGCCUGCAGCCUCCUCUGCUGCUGCGGCAGGGACACCUCCGAGGAACACUCCCUGCUGGUGAAUUGACUCCAAGCCCGGACUCCGAUCGGACUGCUGAGACGCACGCUUAUUUAUUUUUAAGAGUUUGACUUUAAACAGAUCAGACCCUUUGCCGCGCCCGGUCAGGCCCCGGGCCAGUUGGUCGGACACUGGGGAUGGGUGCUAAUAAAAGGGAAAACGAA